AUGGAGCCGACGUGGAACUCCUCCCACGCACCUCCACAGUUCACGUCCAACAUGUCUGCCUCCUAUCUGCCUGAGGGCUGGGCUCUGUCCCAGUCGCUAGCCCUGCUGGCCAUGCUGCUCAUGGAUCUGCUGGCUGUGGUGGGUAACGUGGCUGUCAUGGCGGUCAUUGCUAAGGCCCCGCAGCUCCACAAGUUUGCCUUCGUCUUCCACCUGUGCGUGGUGGACCUGCUUGCAGCCCUGGUGCUGAUGCCCCUUGGCAUGCUCUCAAGCCGAGCCUUCUUUGGAGAGGCCCUGUGCCGGAGCUACCUCUUUCUCAGUGUGUGCCUGGUUAGUGCUGCCAUCCUCUCCAUAUCCGUCAUCAAUGUGGAGCGUUAUUACUACAUCAUACACCCCAUGCGCUAUGAAGUGAAGAUGACUAUUGGCUUAGUGGCGUCAGUGCUGGUGGGGAUUUGGGUCAAAGCCCUGGCCAUGUCUGCUCUGCCGCUGCUCGCCUGGUUCCUGCAAGGUGGGAGAACUCCUCUGCUGGAGAGUAGUGGGGUUGGGGGAGGAGGAGGUGGGGCAGUUCCAUCUCCUCCUGCUCAGGGUCACAGGCGCUGCUCACUACAUUGGACAGGGGGAGGGUCGAACCGCUUGGCCUUCAUGGCCCUGUUUACUCUGGUGUAUUUCCUGUGUCCACUAGUGGUUAUUCUUGUUGUGUACUGCAAUAUGUUCAAAGUGGCUCGGGUAGCGGCCAUGCACCAUGGGCCUCUUCCCACCUGGAUGGACACGCCUCGUCGCCAGCGCUCAGAAUCACUCAGCAGCCGAUCCACAAUGGUUACCAGCUCUGGGACAGGCACGGGGACAGAUAGAGCCACUCCGCAACGUCCCUUUGGGGGAGGAAAGGCUGCAGCAGUGUUGGCAGCAGUGGGUGGGCAAUUCCUUUGUUGCUGGCUGCCCUACUUUACUUUCCACCUGUAUUCAGCAGUGGCUGCCAGCCCUCCAGCCACACUAGCCUCUCUGGAGGAGGUGGUCACCUGGAUUGGCUACUUCUGCUUCACCUCCAAUCCCUUCUUCUAUGGCUGUCUCAACAGACAGAUCAGGGAAGAGCUGGGAAAGCAUCUGCCUUGUCUGUUCCGUCGAGCAGGGGCAGACAUAGAGGACAGACUGCCCAGCAGGGAAGGAUCCAUAGAGGAGAAUUUCCUUCAAUUUCUUCAGGGCACCGGCUGCAACUUGGAUCCACAAAACUCUCACAGCACCUCCAGCCCCAAAGGGGAGGCCUGCUGCCCCGCGGCUGAGGCCCAGCCCCCGGAGCCAGCACGGCCCAUACCCAUAGAUUUCCGUAUCCCGGGACAAAUUGCAGAGGAGACUUCAGAGUUUAUAGAGACUGAACAGGCGAUAAACAACCACAUAUAUACAGACAAUUGAGUUUUUAAUGUCUUGUUGAUCAUUCAGAUAUGAACUUUUUCAGGAGUUACAUUUGAGUGAAAAAGUAAGAGACUCUACUGCAAGCUGUCAAACAGGUAACUCAGUUCACUUAAAUGACUUUAAAUUGUAUCUUUGAAACACUUGGCCUCAUCACAUUUUUAAACGGUCACAAUAAAAUGAAGUUGUUUGAGAAGCAUUUCAAACUGUUGUUUGUGAACAGGGAAAUGACAAAAAUGGCCUUCCACACAAACUAAGCUCUGUACAGUAAAUUACUUUCAUGAAUACUAAUUUGUGAAAGCCUUUUUUGACAAUAAUUAUAUGUUUUGU